AUGCCCUCAUUACAUACCAGAGCUCCAACAGUGUCCCAAACGCCAACAACCUUAACCCUGACAUCUGGGUCACCGCCUAUAUUCGCACGGUAUACCUCCCACAUUUCUGCGAAGCGUGACAUGUGCACUGCCGAGAGGACACCGACAUCGCAGACAAGACUAGCGACCGAGCGCACGGUGAAAGCCCCACGCGAGAAGCCGAAGAAGAACAGCUCAUCACCAGGCUGGUAG